AUGGUUCGUCCGAUGGCAUCAUGGGGCAUCAUGCUGGCAUUUUACUUCAUGCUAAGCUUAGUGGAAACCAGAGAGGUUGUGUGCUAUUACGGCACUUGGGCGACGUAUCGGAAAACGAAUGGGAAAUUCACGGUGGACAACGUAGAUCCUUUCCUGUGCACACAACUCAACUACGCGUUCUUCGACAUCAACCCGAACGGAACGGUGCGUAUCAUCGACGAAUACGUCGCCCUACCACCUGGUCCGCCCGUGUACGGUCUGGAUGCGAUAGCGAAGUUCAACAAUUUGAAGCAGAAGAAUCCUGCCCUGAAAACCAUAGCCAGUGUUGGCGGAUAUAAUGCCGGUACGGCAAAUUUUUCCACUGUGGCCGCUAGUGCUCAGCUACGAGCAACGUUCGCGAGUAAUGCAGUGGCAUUUCUUCAGAAGUAUCGCUUCGACGGUAUGGACAUCGAUUGGGAGUAUCCAUUGUUGGCGGAUAAGGCUAAUUUUGUGCUGCUUCUGAAGGAACUGGCGAACGCCUUUGCACCGUACAAACUACUGCUAACGGUUGCUGUUGCUGCGACGGAAUCGACGAGUAACAAUGCGUACGACAUUUCUGCCAUUUCGAGUGUGGUGCAUUACAUCAACCUGAUGGAGUACGUCAUGCAAGGCAAUUACGGUGUUACGCGGCAUCAUGCUCCGCUUUACGUUGGUCCGACGACGGUUGACGAUACGUCUUAUAAGCGUCAGCUGAACGUCGAAGCUAGCGUAAAAUACUGGCUGAGCAAGGGAGCACCAGCAGCAAAGCUCAUUCUUGGCAUUCCCUUUUUUGGAAAAACGUUCAAAUUGACCAAUUCAACCGUUGAUGGUGUCGGAGCUCCUACCAACGGUGUCGGGACGGAAGGUCCUUACACCAAGCAGGCAGGCACGUUGGCUUAUUACGAGAUUUGUCAGAGGCCUUGGACCCGGAAUCAGUUCGAUCCGGUUCAGAAUGCAGCGUACGCCUCGGGGAACGGAGAUUGGGUCUCCUACGACAACGUGAACAGCAUCGCGUUGAAGUGCAAUCUGAUCGCAAAGUAUGGGCUCGGUGGCGGUAUGGUUUGGUCGAUCGAAUCUGAUGACUUUCUGGGUGUUUGUGGAACUAAGUUUGAGCUGCUGACUGCACUCAAUAAAUGCGUAAAUAUUUAG